AUGAAUGACGAAAGGAAGGAUUUCAAAGUGACAAAGUGCAUCACUGCGCGCGUGGGGUACUUACAGAUGGAAUGGGGUCUUUCCCCGUAUCGUCUAGGCCUGCGCACGAGCGACGCCGGGGAGCACGAGGCGAGGAGCACCAUAGAGGAGGCCGAGAAGGAUAUUCCCGCCUUGGGCUUGAUCGCCGUGCCUCACCGAUAUGUCGUCGAAUUCGCAGAUGGCGCUGAUGUCACCGGCUUCUAUGACAGAUUGGUAGACGCUGCGGCCCGGACAAGGAAGAACUUUACUUCCCCGUUCUUCCGAGGCGCGUCCAUCGAAAUGACUGAUGUCGAGACAUCGGAUCAGACUAUCGAGGAGAUUCGACAGAUGCCCAAUAUGCGGGUCUAUCCAGUCACCUUGGUUCCGGCCCCUGACGAUCAGGUUGUCUGGACAGCAUCGGGCGCGAAGCAAUCGGCACUCCUUCAGAAACGCCAAGACGAAGGCGAGGAGGCGGAAGAGGAGGCGGAAGAGAAAGACGAGUUUUCUACCCAUCUCCAGACUCAGGUGGAUCGUCUCAGGGCCGAAGGUCUAACUGGAAAGGGCAUCCGGGUGGCUGUCAUCGAUACCGGCAUCGAUUAUAACCACCCGAUGCUCGGAGGCUGCUAUGGCCCUGGAUGCAAGGUCGCCUACGGGUGGGACUUUGCGGGAGAUGAGUACUCAGGUGGCAAGUCUACGCCCGUAAAGGAUUGGGAUCCCAUGGACUGCAACGGCCAUGGAACCCAUGUUGCUGGUAUUGUCGCCUCCCAGUCAGGGAACGACUUUGGAGUCCAAGGCGCCGCUCCCGGCGUUACCCUUGGCGCCUACAAGGUCUUUGGCUGCUCCGGAGGUGUCGAGAACGAUGUUCUGAUCGAGGCCUUUAUCCGAGCAGCGGAUGACGGUUCCGAUAUUAUCACUGCUUCUAUUGGUGGACCAGGAGGCUGGUCCGAGGAGCCUUGGUGCGUCGCCGCCCAGCGCAUUGUUGAGCAGGGUAUUCCUUGCACCAUUGCUGCUGGAAAUGCUGGCGAUGCCGGCCUAUUCUAUGCUAGCUCCGCCGCCAGCGGUAAAGGUGUCAUUGCUGUCGCAUCAGUAGAUAACACUCACAGCCCCCAACUCCUGACCCCAUCACUCUUCGCCAUCGACGACGGCGAGAAGGAAGAGUGGGUCUGGACUGCUGGCAACCCCAAAGCCUUUGUCGAUACCGUGGACUUGCCCCUCGUCGCGUUCAACUUCAACAUUACCGACCCUGCAAACGGCUGUGAGGACUGGCCUGCGGAUGUUGACCUGACAGGAAAGAUCGCCUUCAUUCGCCGUGGCACUUGCACCUUCGUCGAGAAGGCUACCCGCGCUGCGGCGAAGGGUGCCCAGUACGUCAUCCUUUACAACAACGUCCCCGGCACCAUCACUGUGGAUGUCUCCGAGGUCUUUGGAAUCAGGGGCAUCGGCAUGGUAAGCCCUGAGCAGGGCGAGGCAUGGAUCAAGGCCCUCGAAGAGGGUUCCGAGGUUCGACUCACCAUCGGGAUGAAUGAUUUCGACCAGGUCCGAUUGGUCAACACCCCCAACGAACUCACGGGCGAUCUUCCCAGCCAGUUCACUUCCUGGGGCCCGACUUGGGAGCUCGAUGUAAAGCCCAUCAUUGCCGCCCCAGGUGGCAGCAUUCUCUCGACCCUUCCUCUCGAUGGUGGUGUCUUUGGUGUCUUGUCCGGUACCUCCAUGGCUACUCCCCUCGUGGCCGGAACUCUGGCUCUCAUGAUGGAAAAGCUUGGCAAAGUGACACCAUCCACCUUUGAGCGGCUGCUUGCCAACACCGCGAAGCCCGUCAAGUUCAGCAACGGAUCGGCGACUUUUGAUUUCUACGCGCCAGUACCUCAGCAGGGCAACGGUGUCAUUCAGGCCUACGACGCCACCUUUGCCUCCUCGAUCCUGGACAAGAGCAGCCUGCUUUUCAAUGACACCGAUCACGCCGUCGCCUCCCAAGAGUUCACCAUCACCAACAACGGUGACGAGGAGAUCACAUACGAGUUUGGAAACCUCCAGGCCGCGACAGUGUACCUCAAGAGUGGCUCCGGUCCCGAUGAUUUCAUGGAGACUUUCCCCACCGAUCUGACUGAAGAAUACACAGACAUUGCUUUUGAACCCGAAUCCAUCACAAUCGCCCCUGGUGAGGAGGCCACUAUCAAGGUCACCCCUACUCCGGCCGACUCCCUCGACGCCGAGAGGAUCGCGGUUUGGUCCGGAUGGGUAACCGUCAACGCCUCGGACGGAGCCCUCUACCACCUCGCCUACCAGGGUGUUGCCGGUAGCAUGCAAAGCUUGGCCCCCAUCACCGAGGACACCGACCGCGUCUUCAACCUCCCCAUUCCCGGAACGGCCAACUUGACAACCCGCGACGUUCAAUACAGCACCACCUUCCCCGGCUUCCUCAUCGCCCUCAACACGGGAAGUCUGAGCCGGGAACGCACCGCGAGGCCCUGGCUCUUCAACCCCAAGGGCCCAGCGGAUGAGGUGCUCUACUGGGACGGCGAGUUCCGCAACGGCUCCUUCGCCGCCGAGGGUAGGUAUAAAUUCAGGUUCCGGGCCCUCAAGGUCUUUGGAGAACCCGAGAACCUAGAAGACUGGGAGGUCAAGGACAUGCCCGCGUUCAACAUCCGAUACGUGGACCUGCUGGAAAAGGCAGGCAACCCCCGUGCAGCCCGGUUCCACCAGCAGGGUCUUCCGCACCACGUCCAAGUCUUCGGACCCAAGCAGUUGGUUCGAGACAAUGAAGAAGUGGUUCGGGUUCUAGUUGCGAGCAUUAGAAGGUAG